CGUGAUUUCCCGUAACUCUUCGGUGCCCUCCCCUACAGCUAGUUUCAUUUCCCUCUCCUCUGCUAGGGUCCUGGAGAAUUAGUUGUCUUCCUUGAAGGCAUCUAUCUGGUAAGGAUCACGAUGGCCGAGCUGCAGCCUCUGACUGACGAGCUGACCUGCUCCAUCUGCCUGGAAAUCUUCCAGGAGCCCGUUACUACUCCGUGCGGUCACAACUUUUGCUCGCGCUGCCUGGACGAGACCUGGACAGUCCAAGACUCCCAAUUCUUUUGCCCCCAGUGCCGGACUUGCUUCCAGAUGCGGCCACAGCUGAAGAAGAAUACGGUGCUGUGCGCAGUAGUGGAGCAGGUGCAGCAAGCCCACAGCCUCUGGGAUUUGGGGGCGUCUAACAGUGAGUCCCAAGAUGGCGAGCCCUUGUACCCGUCGUCGAGGAAGGGAAGCCAGGCGAAGGAGGAACCCACAAAGACUGUGGCCUGCGACCAUUGCUUGCGGGCUGUUGCGGUCAAGACGUGCUUCACCUGCAUGGUAUCCUUCUGCUCCGAGCACCUGAAGCCGCAUCUGGACAACCCCAUGUUCCAGGGUCACGACCUGCAACCCCCAGUCUGGGAUCUGGCCAGCCGCAAGUGCCCGGAGCACGGCCGCCUGAGGGAAUUCUUCUGUUCUCAGCACGGCCUCUGCAUUUGCUGCUUGUGCCUGGUGGGGCACAAAACCUGCUCUUCUGUGACCCUGGACGUGGCCAGGGCCGAUUUGAAGUUAAAGAUGAAGCAGAAGCUGACAACCCUAUAUGACCACAUCAAUAAGGCUUCAAAUGCAUUGAAAGAUGUAAAAUUGAAACAACAUGCAGUCCAGGAAACAGCAGACAGAAAGAUGGAGUUGUUAAAACAUGAAUAUGAAGAAAUGAAAGUCCUCGUUGAAUCAGAGGAGAAAAAUUCUCUAUGGAAGCUGAAAGAGGAAGAAAAGAGAGUUUUGGACAAAUAUGAUCAUGUUCAUCAGGUCCUGCUCAAGAAAAAGAGUGAAAUUGAGUCUAUGAAAGAAGAGAUUGAACUUUUGCUCACGAAAAAUGAUGAGAUUGCCUUUUUGGAGAAAGCCUCAAAACUACAAGAACAUGUCAUCAAGCCCGUGUUUGUGCCAAAGAAUGAAUUAAACCAAGAGAUGAUGCACAGCGUUUAUCAAAAUGCCUUCUCCCUUAAAGAAGUUUUAAAAGAUAAAAUAAACAAUCCUCAAGAGAAGAAAAUAGAAGAGUCAACUAGCCCAGAUGUUUCUGGAAAAGGUUUGCCUUUCUCUAUACCGACGUAUCCCAAUAGAGAAUCUCGCCAAAUGAGACGGAUCUACAAAGGGGACAAAGUAGGAGACAAAUCACAGGUCAAGUUGCCAGUGGGUCACCAGCAAGAGAAGAGUGGAGCUCCAGACCAGAAACAGAAACCUAAAAAACCUGUCCCUGCUACUCCUUCAACCCACAGUCAGAAUUCCGGCAUGGGAUCUUUGACAGACUUAACAAAAUUAAAAACCGCUCUCCAAGAUACUACAGAAAAAGUCAAUGCCUUACCAAAGAAUUCACCAAAUCAGAAGACACAAGUACUAGAGGCAUUCUUGGCAAAAUCCAGAGCAGAGCUUUUGCAAUACGCUACUCGAGUGGUUCUGGACUACAACACUGCCAACUACAAAGUGGCUUUGUCAGAGAACUACACUGUAGCAUCUGUUGCUUCAGUCCCCCAGAACUAUCCAUCCCGUCCCCAGAGAUUCACCUGCUGCUCCCAGGUUCUUGGGCUGCACAGUUACAAAUCAGGAGUCCACUACUGGGAAGUGGAACUGCAGAAGAACACCUUUUGCGGCAUCGGCAUCUGCUAUGGGAGCAUGGAUCGCCAUGGUCCUGCCAGCCGACUGGGCCGCAACAGCUCCUCCUGGUGCGUAGAGUGGUUCAACAACAAGAUCUCCGCCUGGCACAAUGAUUUGGAGAAACACCUGCCUCUCACCAAGGCCACCAGGAUUGGCGUGCUCCUGAAUUACGAUGACGGCUUUGUCAUUUUCUUUGCCAUCACAGACAAAGUCAACCAGAUCUAUAAGUACAGGGCAGAGUUUUCAGAAGCAUUGUACCCUGUCUUUUGGUUAUUCUCCAGUGGCACUACUCUAUCCAUCUGCCCACUGAAAUAGAAAAUCAUUUUACUCAAAGGAUGGGACCCAGGGUUCACCCCCCCCCCCCCAUCCAACU